UCGUUCCCAGCAGGCCCUGCGCGGGGGAAGAUGGCAGCGCUCAGGUGGAGGUCUUGAGGAGACCAGAUCGGUAUGGCGUUGGUGUCGGGGCCCGCUAAGCGGGCGCUGGUUGGCUCCGAGCGGCUUGGCCUUGGCCUUGGCCUUGGGGGCUGCGGAACCCCGAGACGCGGGGCGUACGAGUGGGGCGUGCGCUCCACGCGGAAGCCCGAGCCUCCUCCCCUGGACAGGGUGUAUGAGAUCCCUGGAGUGGAGCCCAUCACUUACGCAGGGAAGAUGCAUUUCAUGCCGGGGCUGGCGCGGCCGAUCUUCCCGCCCUGGGACCGCGGCUGGAAGCACCCAAAGUUCGACCGCUCGCCCCCAAUUCACGAGCACCCGCUGUAUAAAGACCAGCCCUGCUACGUCUUCCACCAGCGUUGCCGCCUUCUUGAGGGUGUAAAGCAGGCCCUCUGGCUUACCAAGGCCAAGUUAAUAGAAGGCCUUCCUGAGAAGGUGCUUAGCCUUGUUGAUGACCCAAGAAACCACAUAGAGAACCAAGAUAAGCGUGUUCUGGACGUGAUCUCUCAUGCCCGUCUCUGGCAUUCCACCGAGGACAUCCCCAAGAGACAGACCUACUGCCCGGUCAUUGUGGACAGUAUGAUACAGCUGUGUAAAUCCCAGAUUCUCAAGCAUCCUUCUCUGGUCAGACGGAUCUGUGUCAAAAACUAUAAGUUAUCCGCCUCUUGGAAUCGAGAGUCUUUUCUCUUUCAGGUCCGUGGUUCUAGUGGAGCCCGAUUGAAUGCCAAGGAUCCUCUGUCCCCUAUCGCCUCCAGAGAGGAGGUCGAAGCUACUAAAGAUCAUGUUCUUGAGACCUUCUAUCCCAUAUCCCCCACUAUCGAUCUUCAGGAAUGCAGUGCUUAUGAUGUGAAGGACGACACAGGAUUCCAAGAGGGUUAUCCUUACCCCCAUCCCCACACUCUGUACGUCCUGGACACAGCCCAUGUAAAACCAUACCGCUUUCGGCCAGAUCAGCUGCGGGCCAAGAUGAUCCUGUUUGCUUUUGGUAAUGCCCUGGCCCAGGCCCGGCUCCUCUAUGGGAAUGAACCCAAGGUCUUGGAGCAGCCCGUGGUCAUGCAGGCUAUUGGCACAGAUGGCCGUGUCUUCCACUUCCUGGUGUUACAGCUGAACACCACAGAUCUGGUCUCUCAUGAGGGUGUUAAGAACUUGGUCUGGGUGGAUUCAGACCAGCUCCUCUAUCGGCAUUUUUGGUGUCGCCCGGUGAUCAGAAAGAAGGUGGUUGUGGAACCUGUUGGUCCAGUUGAUUUCCGGCCAGAGACUUUCAAGAAGUUUUUAGCUCUGUAUUUGCAUGGUGCUGUGUGAGCCAAGGACCAUUCUGAGGUCUGAAGCCCCCCUUGCCCCUUUCCUCCCGAAGAGCCUGCAUCCUGGGCAGUGCCUGGGGACCUCCUGGAGCCUGUGCACAUUCCUGUGGUCUCGCUGGCAAUAAAGAGCCCUGUGUCACACUGGA